CACUUUUGUUUACUUUUUACUUUGAGAAUUUUUUUAAUCAAUUUCUUAAUCAUUUCUUUGCUCUUAUUUUGAUUAAUUUUUAUUUGUUAAUGGACAUUUUAUAUUAAUCAAAGUUUCUUAAUACGAGUAACAAUAAAGUCUCAUAACUGUUUGUAACAAUUGUGGUUGAUAAAGAGGUUUGUUUAUGUGACAUUAGGUGAAUAAUUGAAAUGCUUUGCAUGGUGUUGAAUUGUCUCCCAUACUGACAGUUUUGGAGUAAUCAAAGUAUCUGUUGUUGAAGUUGUUAAAGAUCAGCUGAUCACUUUUUUUUUGGUCUUUGUGUUUUGUAUUCAAAUAUAAACGCGAUAAGUUAAAAUGGCCUGGAAUAGACCUGGAGGUUCAACGAAUAAUUGGCUCGAUGACGUUGAAGCUACGGCCAGUUCAUCGGUUGAUGAUUAUGUUUCUAUUCAAAGACAGGCCAUUCGGGAACAGGACAAAGGAUUGGACACUUUGGCCGAUAUAAUUUCUAGACAAAAGUCUAUGGCAGCAGGAAUUGCAACUGAAAUCGAUGUUCACAAUGAAAUUCUUGAUGAUAUUACCGAUGCCAUGGAAGAUACUAAUGUACGAUUGGUUCGGAAUACUCGUAACAUCGCCAAGAUAUCUCGUAAAUCGGAUACAUGCUGUUAUUGGGUCAUAAUUGUCCUUCUUCUUAUCGCCAUAAUUGUUAUCUCUUGUCUCUAAUUUUUACCAAAUUGAUCCUUUUCUCCUCACUAAUCAAGUCUUUUCGUUACUUUCUAUCAAAGAGUUUAUUUUCGGUAAAUUAUAUUCAAAUCAAUGCGACCAUCCAAGUCAAGAAAAUCAUCAUAAUCCAAUCAUUUUUUUACUUCAUUCAGUGUUUUCCAAUUCUGAUCAACUGUUUGAGACUCUAGACCUUAAUUUUUAUUGACUAAUUUCUAACUGUAAUCAUGUUCCGUUAUUCAAUCACUAUAAACACAUGAUUAUAACCUCAAAAA